AUGAAUGUUCCAUCAUCAUGUUAUGGACUUUUCAUUGAUAUAAAUAACAAUUUAUACUGUUCACUGAGUAAUCAGAAUCAAGUUGUAAAGAAAUGGUUGGAUGGUGACUCUUUAACACCGAUUAUUGUUGCUGGAAUUGAUCAUCCUGAUUCAACUUCGGAUGCAUUGAAUUCUCCAAAUGGAAUAUUUGUUGACGUUAAUUUAAAUUUAUAUGUAGCUGAUAAGAAUAAUCAUCGUAUUCAAAUGUAUGGACGAGAACAGUUACAUGGAACAACUGUUGCUGGAAGUACCUCUAACAAUAUUACAGUUACUCUUCAAGAACCAACUGGAGUCACCCUCGAUGGUGAUGGUUAUUUAUAUAUUGUUGAUCGUCAUGAUGCUCGUAUUGUUCGAGGAAAAGGAAAUCGUUUUCGAUGUAUACUUGGGUGCUUUAGUACUGGUUACGCAAACAACCGUUUAAUGAGACCACGUAAUCUGGCUUUCGAUAAUCGUGGGAAUAUUUAUGUUAGUGAUGAAAUGAGUCAUCAAAUUCUCAAAUUUACUUACUAUAAUAGAUCGUGUAAUCGAAUCACUUCAAACGUAACAUCAAGACAUCUUUCAUUUAAUCGACCCAAAUUCUGUGCAACAGCAGCUUGGACUUCGUUUGGAACAACUUUUGCAAGCAUACGCACAUUACCAUCUUACAUAUUUGUCACAGCCAAUAAUUCAGUUUAUGUUCUAAGUCCUUCAUCCUCUCACAUUUAUAUCUGGCGGAGUCACGCUAUUCAUUCGCCUAUAAUAAUUGUAAUCGAUUAUCUAAGACCAAAUUCAAUUUUUGUUCGAAACGAAAAUGAAAUUUAUAUUGAUAAAGGUAAUUCAAAUCAUACAGUUGAACGAUGGAUACUGGAGACAAAUAUGAGCGUUCCGAUUAUGAAUGUUCCAUCAUCAUGUCACGGCCUUUUCAUCGACCUCAAUAACUAUAUAUACUGUUCACUUAAAGACUACAAUCAAGUUGUGAAGAAAUGGUUGGACGACGAUUUGUUAACGCCGAUUGUUGUCGCUGGAACGAAUCAUCCUGAAUCAACGUCGAAUGCAUUGAAUUCUCCAAGCGGAAUAUUUGUAGACACUAACUUUGAUUUAUAUGUAGCUGAUACAUAUAAUAAUCGUAUCCAGAUGUUUGAACAAGGACAGUUGCAUGCAAUUACCGUUGCAGGAAGUACUUCAAAGAACACCACAAUUACUCUUAAUGAACCAACCGGAAUCACUCUCGAUGGCGAUGGUUAUUUAUAUAUCAGUGAUGAUGAGAACGAUCGUAUAGUUCGAGGAGGUCCACAUGGUUUUCAGUGUAUACUUGGAUGUAUCAAGUCGAAUUCUCAAGCUAGUAAAUUAACACAUCCAUCUCGUAUGGCUUUUGAUAGUCAUGGAAACAUUUACACUAUUGAUACGGCUUAUGCUCGAAUUCAGAAAUUCACCUUUUCAAAAUCGUCGUGUAAUCAAAUUACUUCAAAUAUAUCUUCAAUCACAACAUCGCGAAAUCUUUCAUUUAAUCGACCCAAAUUCUGUGCAACAGCAGGUUGGACUUCAUUUGGAACAACUUUUGCAAGCAUACGUACAUUACCAUCUUACAUAUUUGUCACCGCCAAUAAUUCAGUUUAUGUUCUAAGUCGCUCAUCCUUUCACAUUUAUAUCUGGCGGAGUCACGCUAUUCAUUCGCCUAUUAUAAUUGUAAUCAAUUCUCUACGACCAGAAUCAAUUUUUGUUCGAAACGAAAAUGAAAUUUAUAUUGAUAGAGGACAAUUGAAUCAGACAGUUGAACGAUGGAUACUGGAGACAAAUAUGAGCGUUCCGAUUAUGAAUGUUCCAUCAUCAUGUCAUGGCCUUUUCAUCGACCUCAAUAACUAUAUAUACUGUUCACUUAAUAGCUACAAUCAAGUUGUGAAGAAAUGGUUGGACGAUGAUCUGUUAACACCGAUUGUUGUCGCUGGAACUAAUCAUCCUGACUCAACGUCGGAUGCAUUGAAUUCUCCAAGCGGAAUAUUUGUAGACACUAACUUUGAUUUAUAUGUAGCUGAUACAUAUAAUAAUCGUAUCCAGAUGUUUGAACAAGGCCAGUCGCAUGCAAUUACCGUUGCAGGAAGUACCUCUAACAAUAUUACAGUUACUCUUCGAGAACCAACUGGAAUCACUCUCGAUGGUGAUGGUUAUUUAUAUAUCAGUGAUGUUAAGAGCAAUCGUAUAGUUCGAGGAGGUCCACAUGGUUUUCAGUGUAUACUUGGAUGUAUCAAGUCGAAUUCCUUUACUAACGCAUUAACACAUCCAUAUCAUAUGGCUUUUGAUAGUUAUGGAAACAUUUACACUUUUGAUACGGCUUAUGUUCGAAUUCAGAAAUUCACCUUUUCAAAAUCGUCGUGUAGUCAAAUUACUUCAAAUAUAUCUUCAAUCGCAACAUCGCGAAAUCUUUCGUUCAAUCAACCAAAACUCUGCCCAAGCGCAACUUGGAAUUCAUUUGCAACUACUUUUGUGUCCAAGGAUGUCAUUAAUGGAACGCCAUAUUUCAUAUUUAUUACAACUAAUAAUUCAAUUUACGUUGUUGAUCAAUCAACAUCACGAAUACACAUUUGGUCAAAUGAUUUUACUGUACCAACUAUAACAGUAUCAGAUAAAUUAAUAUCUUCAAAGUCACUUUUUGUGCUGAAUAAUAAUGAAAUCUAUAUCGAUAAAAGUAGUGGCAAUAAUAGACAAUAUUUUGUGGAAAAAUUUAUAUUAGAUGCAAAUAUCAGUGUUUUCAUCAUGAAUACGUAUGGACUAUGUUGGGGUCUUUUCAUUGAUAUAAAUAACAAUAUAUACUGUUUAGUGAAUAAAUACCAUUUAGUUGCGAAAAAAUCGUUAGAUGAUAAUGAUACAAGAGUUAUCAUUGUAGCUGGAAAUGGACAACGUGGUUCAACUUUCGAUGUGUUGGAUUCUCCAUCUGGGAUAUUUGUUGGUACUAAUUUGGAUUUAUAUGUAGCUGAUACGAAUAAUCAUCGUAUUCAAAUGUUUAAACAAGGACAGUUGCAUGGAAUAACUGUUGCAGGAAGUACAUCAGAGAAGAUCACCACUGGUCUGAAUCAUCCAACUGGAAUUACUCUCGAUGACAAUGGUUAUUUAUAUAUUGUUGAUAGUUUUAACAAUCGUAUUGUUCGAGGAAAGGGAAAUACUUUUCGAUGUAUACUUGGAUGUGUGGCUCCGGGUUCCGAUCCGCAUAAAUUGAAAGGACCACGGCAGAUGGCUUUUGAUAGUUAUGGAAAUAUUUAUGUUGUUGAUACAGAUAAUCAUCGAAUACAAAAAUUCAGUUUUUUGAAAAAAUCAUGUGAAUCAUCUGUCAUGAUCACAAGUACACCCAUGCUUUCACAUUCAACAACGAUUCUACUCAAAUAUUCAAUGUUCUACUUGAUGCUUUUUAUGUUUUGUAUUUAA